GUACCUACAUUCUGACCACUGCCCUGCUGCCCCUCCUGGAGAAAGAAGCUGAUGCCAGAGUGAUAACUGUCUCUUCUGGGGGCAUGCUAGUUCAGAAACUAAACGUAUCCGACCUGCAGUCAGGAAGUGGGACGUUUGAUGGAACUAUGGUGUAUGCCCAAAACAAGAGACAGCAAGUUGUCCUGACAGAACAAUGGGCAAAAGCUCACAGGAACAUCCAUUUCUCUGUAAUGCACCCUGGCUGGGCAGACACUCCAGCUGUGAGGUCCUCCAUGCCAGAUUUCCACCGCAGGAUGCAGAGUGCCCUGCGCACGGAGGCCCAGGGGGCAGACACUGUCCUGUGGCUGGCAGUGUCACCUGAGGCAGCCAAGUUCCCCAGUGGCUUGUUCUUCCAAGACAGGCAACCAGUCCCUACACACCUACCCCUGGCAAGCACCCACAGUCCACCAGAGGAUGAGGAGAAGCUCAUGGCAGUGCUGGAAGAGUUCUCCCAGAAGUUUAAAUCCACUGCUUCAGGCACUUAG